UGGAAGUUUCAUAACAAACGUCGUCGGCCAGCCAGCAGCCUGUGAAAGUAAGAUGGUAAACCUAGAUUGUAAGCACUUAAUGGCAGGUCGCAGAAAUGUGUUCAUGAACUGCUAAAAAGUCCAGCUAAUUAACGGACGUACACUCUACAAGUUGCUGAGACAAAUGGAGCUAGAAGAAGGGAACUUCGAAGUGUGAAACAUCCAGAAUCAAGUCACGACACACGACUAAAGUACCACCACCACCAGUUAGUUCAGCUGGCGAUCCGCCCUUCCUAUCACCUCCUGGAUUAGAUCAGGGUGGAAGUCAAUCAAGGGUGAACACUUUAAAAAAAGGCCUGUAUGUAGUUUAAAUGGGCUCUCCAUAGAAAAUUCUGUACCGAGACAUUAAAACAUUGUUAGUGGAUAUUUUGUGAAAAUACAUAAUGGCUGGUGCAAAUACCAAAUUGAAAGUAAAACGAUUGGAGGAAGUAAGUAUACCGGAGGAACUAGAAGAAGGCGGAAAAUUCAUGAAAUGGAGCGACGAGAAUUCAUCAAUUACUCAAGUCACUUUGAAGAUAAAUAAACAUUUCCUUUAUUGGAUCGACCAGAACAGAGAAGUAGACUGCUUGGAUAUUGCUACGAUUCGUGAUGUUAGAACUGGAAAAUGGGCCAAUGUUCCUAAGGAUUCUAAAAGCCGUGACUUGGCAAUGAUGGGCACUAAAGAAAAGCUAGAGAACAAAACGAUGAGCAUAUUUUAUAGUGGUGCUGAUAUGUGUCAACUCUCAUGUCUGAACUUUUGUUCUGCAAGUGCUGCCAAACCUAAGAUGUGGAGUGAAGCAGUCAUGAGGAUUGCAUAUAGUAGAAGCACACAAAAUCCAUCACCUGCCAGCCUGCUUGAGAAAUUGUACACCAAGUUGAGAAUCUCUACAAAUACACAAGGAAAGAUACCUGUGAGAUCCUUUGUUCGAACAUUUGCGACAAAAGACAGUGACAAGAAAAAGGUGUUAAACGCCCUUCAAGCUGUCGGACUAAUAUCUGGCAAGAUUUCAUUUCAAGGUUUGAAAAUAAGGAGCAAGAUGGUCACUACAGCAAUGGAUGAAUUGAUAAGUCCAUCUAAGUUCACGUUUGCGGAGUUUUUUACUUUCUAUGUGCGACUGCUCAACAGGCAAGAAAUUGACAAGGUUUUCCAGGAUAUGGGAGCAAAAGCUAAGCCUUAUCUGACAACGGAGCAAGUAAAGAACUUUUUCAACAAAGAGCAACGGGACCCACGAUUGAAUGAGAUUCUCUAUCCAUACUGCGAUAAUGAGUAUGCCCACGAAAUUAUUGAAAAAUACGAACCUAACAAAGGCUUUGUAAAAAAAGGUCAUUUAUCAGUAGAUGGCUUGUCUCGUUAUCUUCUGAGCUCUGAAAAUUUGGUGGUAGAUCCAGAGACACUGACGAUACACCAGGAUAUGGACCAUUCCUUGUGUCAUUACUUCAUUAAUAGCAGUCACAACACAUAUCUAACAGGUCACCAGUUUACAGGUCGUUCUUCCGUUGAGAUGUAUCGUCAGGUAUUGUUGUCUGGUUGUCGAUGCAUUGAAUUGGAUUGUUGGGACGGCCCUAGUCCUAAUGAAGAGCCCAUCAUUACUCAUGGCUACACCAUGUGCACAGAUAUAAAUUUCAGGGAGGUAAUUGAAGCAAUCAAUGAUGCAGCCUUUAAGACCUCUGACUACCCAGUUAUCCUGAGUUUCGAGAACCAUUGUUCACAACGACAGCAAGCAAAAAUGGCGCAGUAUUGCAAGGAGAUAUUUGGAGAUUCUUUACUCACUGAGUCCUUGGAAGAUUAUCCCUUGGAGCCUGGUAAACCAUUGCCAAGUCCUGAGCGACUGAAGGGUAAAAUAUUGGUGAAGAAUAAGAAGAAAAAAGUGCCAGUACAACCAGAAGAAAGAAAAUCAGAUCAAAAGACUCGAAAAAGUGUUCCCAUGAUACAAAAAACCAUGUCCUUAGAUCAAGGAAGAAAAAAUCCUCGUCUUAGUAACAUGUCUAAUAGUGCUUUCUCCAACGUGAUUCAGGAGGAGGAUGCCAUUUCAGAAGUGAGACGAGGCUCAUUACCUUGUCACCUGACCGGCUCCGUGGACCCAGACUUGCUCCCUAAAGGACAGGUAAAGCGCCUUCAACGUCAGAAUGGUCUUGCUAAGAUAAAUGAGCAGGAGUCAUAUGAUUCAACCAGCGGAAGCAUCACAACAAACCCUGAUGAAGAUGAGAAAUCCACAACCGAGAACCCAGAGGAGCUUGUAGACUCGGAGAGUGAGGAUGAGGAUGACAUAACUAAGAAACAAGAGCAAGGUACAGCUGGUAAGGAGUCCGAGGCUGGAGAAGAAAUGUCCGCUCUCGUCAACUACAUCCAGCCAGUGCACUUCCAUUCGUUUGAAGCUUUUGAAAAGAAGAACCAUCAUUAUGAAAUCUUUUCGGGAGUUGAGAGUGCUGCAAUGGGUCACGUCAAGUUGAAACCUGAAGAGUUUGCCAACUACAACAAAAGACAGUUGAGUCGUAUAUACCCCAAAGGCACCAGGGUUGAUUCCAGUAACUAUAUGCCACAGAUUUUCUGGAAUGUUGGAUGCCAGCUUGUAGCUUUGAACUUCCAAACUUUAGAUCUUCCAAUGCAGUUAAACAUGGGAAUCUUCAAUUACAAUGGAAGGACUGGUUAUAUCCUAAAGCCACACAUCAUGAGACUAAAGAACAAACGAUUUGACCCAUUCGUAGAGAAGCCAAUGGAUGGGGUCGUGCCUUCCACAUUACAAAUCAAGAUUAUAUCAGGCCAAUUUAUAAGUGAUAAGAGAGUGAACUCCUAUGUAGAAGUUGAUAUCUUUGGUUUGCCCUUUGACACCCAUCGUCGAGAACACAAAGUAAAAUCAACAUCUAGUAAUGGUAUCUGUCCCACCUAUGAAGAAGGCACCUUCACUGUAGAAAAGGUAUUAAUGCCAGAACUUACCAAUAUCAGAAUUGCAGUGUUUGAGGAAAGUGGCAAAUUCGUUGGCCACAGAAUUUUACCUGUCAAGAGUAUUAGACCAGGAUUUCACCAUAUACCACUGAAGAAUGAGUCCAACCAGCCCCUUAUGUUGCCAACCUUGUUUGUGUACAUCAAAGUCAAAGAUUACGUACCAAAAGGCCUGAACGACUUCAUCGCUGCUUUAGAGAAUCCAAUCGCAUAUCAGGACGAGAUUUCGAAACGCGAGGCGCAGCUCAAAGCCCUCGAGGAUACCAUGUUGAUGAAUAAUUUGAUAGAAGAACCAGACCAGGAAGAUUCGGUUAUGAGUCCAACUGAUUUUAUUCAAACAGGGCAUCCACUAUCAAAAACUGGGCUUGAGAACCGAUCAGAAAAAACUGACUCAAGCAGUGAAGUCAACGAACCUGUAGAUAAGAGGAAGUCAAACUCCUCAACAGAUAGUCCUGUCAUCCGGGUGUCAACAUCAGGGCCUAUUGCACCGACCCCUGAAGUGAAUGAACCAGCAGAAAAAACAGACAAUGGCAUGGGCUACAGGCGUACUAACCUUUCUAAAUCGAGUUCGCUUGGCGCGACUCAGUUUGCUUUGGAAGCCAUGGAGCCGAAUAAUUUAAAGCAGAAAAGUGCCAGUACUCCAAACUUGGGACAGAUAGCUGAAGAAGUUGUACCAACAACUAUUGAGGAAAUUCGUAAACAAAAGAAAUAUAUAAAGGAUACACAGAAGUUGACUCAACUGUUAGACAAAAUAACAAAGAAACAUGAGAAGAAAGUAAGUAAGUUGAAGAAAGAGCACGAACUAGAAGUUCAAAAACUUGAGUCAUCGCAGCAAAAAUCACACAAAGUUCUUGAAAAGCAACAUCAGAAAGAAAAGAAGCGUAAAACAGCAGAUUCGGUGCAAAAGAUUGAAAGAGAGAUGGAGGAAUUCAAAGCUUCACAGCGAACUCAAAUGGCGUCGUUGAAAGCUCGACAUGAGAACGUGAUGGUGAAAGUGUGUCAGAGUCAUUAUAAGAAUGAAUUGGAACAAAAGAAGGCACACCUUGGUAUUCAGGUGGAGAUGGAGUUAGAGUUGCUUCAAAGAUCACAUACACAACAACUUAAAAAGAAUGCAAGUUUACAAGCUAAGGAAAGAACACAACUUAAGAAGAGCAUGGAGGUUCAAAGGAGUAGAGAGAUAAAGGAGUUUUUACAUUUGUCUAGAGCUCCAACUCCGUCAUCUAACCUACACUCCAUGAAUGAGAUCAAAGAUAAGAAGGUUCAAGAUGCUGUCCAGAAAGUUAGAAAUCUUGAAGAAGAGCAUGCCACGAAGACCGAGGAACUGAAGACUAAAAUGGAGGAGAUCAGGACUCGUGUCGAGGAGGAAGGUAAUCAGGCUAUUGCUGAUUUCGAGCAGAAGUUCCGCGAAAGCUGUCAAGAGUUGGAGGAGAAACGCAGGUACAGCAAGAGUAAUCUAGAGUCAAAUUCCUUAUCCCAUACCAACGGUAAUGGACACACAUACUCAAGCCAAGAGAAUAUGCAUGAAUAGGCUUAGUAUUGUAACUGAUCGUAUAAUGCUUGCAUGGACGAAAGCUUGAAAUCGCUAGAAACAGUUGCAUGGACGAUACCCAAAGGACAUCAGGUAAUUUUACCCAGUAUCAAAGGCUGGCAAAGACUACCCACGUUUGAUGUUUGUCUUGUUUUUUUAACCCUCCGAUUAAGAUUUUAUCGUCUACCAUUUAGGUAAAUAAUUACAUUCUUUUUUAUGACUGGUAAUUAUCAUUUUAACAAAAAGUUACAAUUGUUAAAAUAUCUGUUUUUAAUCUCUUUUUAAUAAGAAUGAUCCUGUUCAGAACUGCAUAUCAAUUUUAAUGAGUUUUUACUUUUUAAUUGUCAAUUAUGUGUAAUUCUGUUUGUUAUUUGAAGGACUAAAAACCAGAAUGGUCUGACUCAAAAUUUUUUUUUUAUAAAUAUUUUGAAGCUAUGAAAUCUUCAAAAUUAUUACUCCGUUCCCUUGACCAUACACAUGAUGUCAUUUUUGUGUUGUAUAAUAAUUGUUUUAAAAUAGUAUUAUAUUGUUUUCAUCGUUCACCAAAUAAUUAGGAGAGUAACUUCACAUAGUUUUCAAUGGUUAUGUAGACUAUGAAAAUUUAUAAUGAUGAACAAGAUUCAAGAAAUUUCACGAUCCAUAUCUAUCUAUGUAGCAUAAGCAGUUUGGCUCAGUGAAAACGGUUUGGUUUCCCAACCUCAAGGUCUGGGUUUCAAUCCUUCGCUGUACACUUCGCUUGUGUCCUUGAGCAAGGCACUUUAUCUACAUUGCUUCAGCCUACCCAGCUGGAUCAAUGGGAACCAGCAAAUUGCUGGGAGUAACCUGCAGUGAAAUAGCAUCCCACCCAGGGGAAGUAUCACAAGGAUUUACUUUUAUAUCCAUCUAUAAUGAUGUAUACCGCGCUAUUUCUAACAGAUUCAUAGCGCCGAGUGUUGAAAAGUCUAUUCCUUAGACUAAACAUAGUUGGCUGCUCAUUUGCCAUUUGUUCAGCAUAUAUAAAAUAGACAAGGAAAACCCACAUUUUUUGUGUGUGUUACAUGUGUGUUUUAAUGGGCUUAUGGGAUUGGUCAUUCUGGUUUUAAUCCCUUCAUUUUAAGUUGAGCGUUUUUGUAGUUCAUAAUUUAAAUUAUCAAGGGAAAGGUGUCAAAACAAACUGUUGAACAUUCCAUGCUGAAUUAGUCCCUUUUUAAAUUAUGAUGUGGCAAUGAUCAAACAUGGUAAAUGUAGUUAAAUUAAGUAUUUAAAAAUAAACAAAUUUGCUGAAAGAAAAUGGCUCAGUUAUUGACAAUAUUAUAAUUAUCUAAUAUCUUGUUGUAUUAGUUAUUUUAUUGGGUUUUCCAUUAUACUAAUAUGUUAUCAGAAUUGUAAAUAUGUAAUAUUAUUGUUGCUAUUAUUAGUAGUAUUAUAUUGUUAUUCUAAUUGUUAUUACUUGGAAGAAUGUCAUCUAGUCUACUGAGAUAUUCAAUUAUAAGUUCUUCAAUAUUAAUAAUAAUAAUAUAUUAAUAUUUAAAAUAUUUAUAAUAAGGUUUGUUAACAUAAUAUAUGGAUGACUUUCUAUGUGUGGCUUCAAGAUUGCAUACCAGUUCAUAGCAGAUAUCUGUUAACACAGUUUCCAUAAGCGGAACUAAACUUUUGAAUAUAAUAGAAUUACCUCAUCUCCUUGCAUAUUUUCUUUUUACAAAUUAAUAUUUUGACAUUUUAGUCAAAAUGUUUUAUUCGAAAAAAUGUCUGGUUUGUUGAACCAACUAAUAAGUUAGUUCAGCAAAACAGAUAAUUUUUAUACUAUGGAACCAGGUGAAAUUCUGAGAAUGUUUUUUCUAUAUACUAAACUGAUAAAUUUUACAACUAUUUAACUAAACAUUUGCAAUUUUAAAGUAGAUUAAUUAUGUUUAGUUCAAUGAUUAUUAUGUUUUACCUGUUUAUUUUUUUAUAAUUCAUUCCAUGAUUAUGUGGAUUGUCAAUUUUCUGUUUCACAUGGACUUUUAUGUGUGGUUUUUUUUUGCUUAAAAUUAGAAACUUUCGCUGUUAUUCAUUGUUUGUCUUUCAUAAAAAGAAAUACAAAUAUAAAAAACUAAGAAGAGGCAUGACAUCAAUUAUUUGAUUAUUGAUCAGUUUGAGGAUUUUGACAAAAUUUAAAUUAGUUUAAACUAAAUAAUCAAAUAAUGUGUUUAUAUUCAUAAAAAAUAAUGGCUGACUGAUGUGUAAGAAAGGCAUCACUGAAACACUUACUUGUAUUCUGUUUGUAUUAUAAUUGUUUAAUGUACGGGAUUGAAAAUUCAGUAUAUAUUUAUUUAGUGCCUUUAAAGUCCAUUUGUGUUUAGUUUACAGUAGUAGCUAAGUCUCCCCAUGCAUAUCUAUUUAUUAUCUGAUUGCUGAACCCCCAAGGUUCAAAGAUCAGACCACCUACAGAUCAGUAACGUCUUAGUUCAUGAAAACUUAUUGGUAAUUAACUGUAUGAACAGUUUCGAAUUGGUGUAUUUUACUUUUUAAUGAUUCUUUUAAAGAGUAUUAUAUUAAUUGAUUUAAUCAAUCUAAAAAUUGUAUUAUUGUAUAUUAGGUGAAUUAUUUGGUAAUUAUGAAAUAAUUCAGUAAAUAUGAAAUAAUUAUAUAAUCAAUUGUUAUUUAAUAAUAAUAAUUAUUAAUUGAUAAUAGGUAUAGGUGAUAUUUUGUAAAGCAUGGUAUGUGAAAAUUACAACUGUGUAUAGGGGAAUAGAAAAAAAGGGCUAUAACAAAUCCAUUGUUAUUUAGAUAUUUGCCCCUGAAAUUUCAAUAAUUAACUUGUUUCGUAAAAUGUGUAAAUGGAUCUAGAAAUAUGUAUAUUAAAUAAAAAUAUAUUUUUGUAUACAUUUUGGUGAGUUAGAUAAAUUAAUAACAUAUAUAAUUAUUGUUGCAUACAUAAUCAUAAAAAUUUAGAAAUAUAGUAGGCCUAAUAAGGUAAUUAUGCAUUAGCAAUUGCAUUAUGAUUAACUUAAUGGAUAGUCAUGUUGAUUUACAUGUAGUGAACAAAGUAACAUUUUAUGUUUAGUUUUCUUGUCUUUCAGAUUCUAUUUGGUUUUGGUUUUACUUAUUUAAUUGUAUCUAAUAUGUCUGACUAACAUGUCCAUUCUGAUAUCAUUUCUGUAUAUAAAUAUAUAAUAAUUAAGCAAUGUAUUGAACAUAUUUGAGACUGUAACAACAGUAAUCAUUGGAAUGCUACAAUCAGAAAAUGUUCUAAUGGAGCCUCAUAAAUUAUUGAUUAAUUAAAUUUAUAAGUAAAUUUGGUAGGUCAAAUAUAUUUACCAAUUGAAUGAAUCUAUUAAUUAAUGUUAAAUUAGUUUUAGGGGAUUUUAUUAAUUGAAACAAUGAUAGGUUAAUGGCAUUGAUAAUCAUCACCAUUAUUACCCAUGAUCCUCUGUCAGGAUUCUUCUAAUAUUUAUAACUUCAACAUUUUUAUGAAUAUAGUGUUAAUCCGCUGUUUUAUAUUUAAAUCACAAGCUUUUUUUUUUUAAUCUAUUGAUAACAUUUAGCGAUAAUAUAUUGAAAGUUUUAUAUAAGAAAAAUUGUACUGAAAUGCAGAAAUGUUUACUGCCCUCAACAAUUUUACUGUAUCCAUGGAAUUAUUUUGAUGUCAUGUGUAGUUUAAAUUCAUUAAAAUAUGAAUAUGGAACAAAGUGAA